AUGCGGCUGGCUCUCGACCGAAGUAGGAAGAGGCUGCAAUGGCUCCAAGAAGCCACCAGACAUAUUAACGCUGAAGUCCCCACUGCCUAUAGUGGCGAUGUCGAGUAUCUCGCAUAUCUCUUUAUCGGGAAUCCGGCUGUACCUUUCCUGGCCUUAAUCGACACGGCCAGCAGCCUAACGUGGACCCAAUGCGCACCCUGCCGCAACUGCUCUGCACAACCGACUCCCUUAUUCAAUCCCAAGAAAUCCAGCUCGCACGUCGCGUUAAAAUGCCCGAACAAUAAAUGCAAAUUGUACAAUCCAGAUGGCUGCGAUAAACGUCGGCCUGGCACCAAGUGCAAGUACAGCAUCAUGUACGUAGAUGGCAGCGGGACCCAAGGCGAACUGGCCACCGAGACCCUCUGGUUCGGAGACGUCCCCGUCCCCGGAGUCCUAUUCGGCUGCGGAUUUCACAGUUACGGAGAUGUACUACUUGGAUGCACGGGGGUCUUGGGCCUGAGCCGAUUCAACGAUAGCAUCGUCUCCCAACUCGACGUGCCCGCGUUCUCCUACUGUCUGCCCACGUUCGGCUCCAACAAGACCGGCCGUUUCUCU